AUGAGAGUCAGUGUUUUAAAAUAUGUUCUUUUUUCAAUUGCUAUUUGUUCUUUUGAAUAUGCCAAAAAUGAACUAUACUUUGUAAACGAUAGAGGGAUAUGCCUUGAAAGGAAUGUGAUAAACUUUAGAAAUAAUAGGAUAUUAGCAUAUAUAGAUAACCAAUUUGAUUUAAAUGAAUUUUAUCAAUCAACUUUGAGUCUUGCAAGUCAACUUGGUGAUUAUGUUGAAGGUAACAAAGAAAUAGCACACCUUCGAAAUAUUAUAGAUUCACAUAUAAAGAAACAUAAAGGAAGUAACACAUCACUUGAUUUCAAAAAUGUAGAUAGUAAGACAAAAAAAUUAAUUAAUGAGUGUCGAAAAGAAUUAGAAGAAUUAAAAAAAAAAAUUGCUGAUAAAACGAAUGGUGAAUUAGCAAUACAACCAAUACUGGAUAAAAAAAUAAUAAAAAAAAAUGGAAAUAGUUCUGUAUCAGAACAUGAAAACUUUAAACAAUUGGAAAAUAAUGAAAAUAAUAAAAUUGCAUCAAGUAAUUAUUAUAUGAAAUCAAAAUUGACUAAAAAAUAUAGAAAAGAAGCAACCAAAUUCAUCAUGUCGUGUUUGACAUAUAUAACAGUUGCUUUUUCGGUAAUAAUAGGAGGGCCGUACUUAAUGAUACUAUUUAUACCGUGUUUUUUUUCCAUAUAUUAUUCCCUUUGGAAACUUAAUAAAUGUGAAUUUAAAUUAAAAAAAAUAUCAAAAUAA